GCCGACAGCGCUAAGGCUGAGUGGUCUCUGCACGCCAUUGUGGGUGGUUUGGACUUGGACCUAGCUACUUUGAUCCCCGGCUUUGACCGAGAUGGUUGCAAAGACACGCCCUGUCCCGUCAAAAAGGGUGAUAAGAAGAAGUUCUCCUAUAAGCUAACCAUUCCCGGCGCCACCCCUACCAUCGAGGCUGACGUUAAGGCCAGACUCAUCGGCGAUAAGGGAGACCUGUUCUGCGGGACAGUUCACGGAGACAUCAAGGAUUAG